CUGCCGUCGCUCUCUCGCCCUCGACCUCUCUCUGCAAUUCCAUGCCUAAAUUUUCUCUCACAUGAGAAUCCAGAGGAGAGAGAAAGCUUCCAUGUCUCUCGUUUUCCCUCACGGGCUCAGGUGAGAGCGAGCUUCUUCUUCUUCUUCUUCUUCUUCUUCUCUCCGUCGCCGUACUUACUACUCGCCGGGACGACUCAAUGGCCUCGUCGUCCCGAGGACGGAGUAGCUCGCCGUUUUCGUACCGGAAGUCUGCCAGUCCGUAUUCUUCAACUUCUUCGUCCUCAUCCUCGUUUACGAAUGGGAAGUUGAUUCCUCGCUCUUGUUCGACUUCGGCGUCGUCUUACUUCAAUUCCGGCGGCGGACUUGGUUCCCGAUCCAUGACUCCAAAUCGAGGCCGUUCGGAUUCAAUGUACCAUAGUCCACACGGUUCUGGCAGUCGUACUCCUGUCGGUUUCGCGUCUGAGGAGCUGAUUAGCGAGCCAGUGGAUACAUCGAAGUGUGGAGAGAGCAUUUCGGUGACGAUUCGAUUUCGGCCAUUGAGCGAGAGGGAGUUUCAGAGAGGGGACGAGAUUGCUUGGUACGCGGAUGGGGAUAAAAUUGUGCGGAAUGAGUAUAAUCCAGCAACUGCAUAUGCGUUUGACAGGGUUUUUGGAGCCCAAACUUCCACUCACGAGGUGUAUGAAGUUGCGGCCAAGCCUGUCAUCAAGGCUGCAAUGGAAGGUGUCAAUGGAACUGUAUUUGCUUAUGGUGUCACUAGUAGUGGGAAGACGCACACUAUGCAUGGAGAUCAAAGUUCUCCAGGUAUUAUACCAUUGGCUAUAAGGGAUGUGUUCAGCAUUAUCCAAGAUACUCCAGGGCGAGAGUUUUUGCUUCGUGUGUCAUAUCUUGAAAUCUACAAUGAGGUCAUAAAUGACUUAUUAGAUCCAACAGGCCAGAAUUUGCGUGUUAGAGAAGAUGCACAGGGCACUUAUGUUGAGGGUAUAAAGGAAGAAGUUGUUUUGUCUCCAGGGCAUGCACUUUCAUUCAUUGCUGCUGGAGAAGAACAUCGUCAUGUUGGAUCAAAUAAUUUUAAUCUGUUCAGUAGCCGAAGUCACACCAUAUUUACAUUGAUGAUCGAAAGUAGUGCUCAUGGAGAUGAGUAUGAUGGAGUGAUAUUUUCACAGCUUAAUUUGAUUGAUUUAGCUGGAUCUGAGAGCUCGAAGACUGAAACAACUGGGUUACGGAGAAAGGAGGGGUCUUACAUAAAUAAAAGUCUUUUAACUCUUGGAACUGUUAUUGGAAAACUGAGCGAGGGGAAAGCAUCCCAUGUUCCGUAUCGAGAUUCUAAGCUUACACGUCUUUUGCAAUCUUCACUAAGUGGGCGUGGGCAUGUUUCUCUGAUAUGCACUGUUACCCCUGCAUCCAGUAACAUGGAAGAAACUCACAACACAUUGAAGUUUGCAAACAGGGCUAAACGAGUAGAAAUAUAUGCCUCUCGUAAUAAGAUCAUAGAUGAAAAAUCUUUGAUUAAGAAGUAUCAAAAAGAAAUCUCAAGCCUGAAACAAGAACUUGAUCUGCUAAAGAAGGGCAUGCUUGUUGGUGUCAAUCAUGAGGAGAUUAUGAACUUAAAACAACAGUUGGAAGAAGGACAAGUGAAAAUGCAAUCGAGGUUGGAGGAAGAAGAAGAGGCAAAGGUUGCACUUACGAGUCGAAUUCAGCGGCUGACUAAACUCAUACUUGUCUCUUCAAAGAAUUCAAUCCCUGGAUGUUUGAGUGACAUUCCCAGUCAUCAAAGGAAUCAUUCUCCUGGCGAUGAUGAUAAUUUUGAUGUCACGAGAGACGUGUCAUUGCCUAUUGAGAGUGAAAACCUUAAGGGAUCCCCAUCUUCGGUUUCAGAAGUUCAGUCAAACCCUUACUAUGAUUUUAAACACCGAAGCUCUUCAAGCAAAUGGAAUGAGGAGCUCUCAUCUGCCAGUAGUACAAUCACUGAAUCAAAUCAAGGUGGGAUGACAAUGUCGGAUCAGAUGGACCUUCUAGUUGAGCAAGUUAAGAUGCUUUCUGGAGAGAUUGCAUUUAGUACUAGCACCCUUAAGCGCUUGGUGGAGCAGUCGGUUAAUGACCCAGAGAGCUCUAAAACUCAAAUUCAGAAUCUGGAGCAUGAGAUCCAAGAGAAAAGGAAGCAAAUGAGGGUUUUAGAGCAACGCAUAACUGAGAGUCGUGAGGCAUCAGUUGCCAAUACUUCAUUGGCUGAAAUGCAACAGACGGUUACCAGAUUGAUGGCUCAAUGCAAUGAAAAGGGUUUUGAGCUGGAGAUCAAAUCAGCUGACAACCGAAUCCUCCAGGAACAGUUGCAGAACAAGAAUGCAGAGAAUAAGGAUCUACAAGAUAAAGUACAUCUGUUGGAGCAGCAGUUGACAUCGUUUACUGGUGAUCAAUCAUCAUUGAUGUUUGAACAGCAUGUACCUGGAGAAUGUGUUGACGAGCUGAAAAAGAAAAUUCAGUCACAGGAGAUUGAAAACGAGAAAUUAAAGCUGGAGCACGUUCAACUUUCAGAGGAAAACAGUGGAUUGCGUGUACAGUAUCAAAAAUUGGCUGAAGAAGCUUCUUACGCAAAGGAACUAGCUUCCGCUGCUGCUGUUGAGUUGAAAAAUUUAGCUAGUGAAGUGACUAAACUCUCAGUGCAGAACGCAAAAUUAGAGAAGGAACUAUUGUCUGCUCGAGAAUUGAUCCAUUCUAGAAGUGUACAAAAUGUAAAUGGUGUUAACCGUAAGUAUAAUGACAGCUUAAGACCUGGGAGGAAAGGGAGAUUGUCCGGGCGUCUCAACGAAAGGACCGGGGCAAUCGACGAUGAAUUUGAUUCAUGGAGUCUUGAUUCCGAUGACCUAAAAUUGGAACUGCAAGCAAGGAAACAACGUGAAGCAGCCCUUGAGGCUGCUUUAGCCGAAAAGGACUUUGUAGAAGAUCAAUACAGGAAAAAGAUUGAAGAGGCAAAGAAGAAGGAGGAGGCUCUGGAAAAUGAUUUGGCGAACAUGUGGGUUCUUGUUGCUAAGUUGAAGAAAGAAGGGGGCACUGUGCCAGAUUUACCCAGUGACACAAGGCACAAUGGUGAAUUGUCGGAGUAUUUUGCUGAUGGAAAGAAAUUCAGCACUAAAACUGAUUCUAGCACUACGGACAGAGGAAUGCCGGAUAUCUUAAAACCAGCAGUAGGGGAAAUACCAAAGGAAGAACCACUGGUUCUCCGCCUUAAGGCAAAGAUGCAGGAGAUGAAAGAAAAAGAGCUCAAAAGCAUGACAAAUAGCGAUGUGAAUACCUCCAAUACAUGUAAAAUAUGUUUUGAAUCGGCAACCGCAGCAAUUCUUCUCCCCUGUCGUCACUUUUGCUUGUGUAAAUCUUGUUCUCUUGCUUGUUCCGAAUGCCCAAUCUGCCGUACAAACAUUGCGGAUCGGCUUUUUGCAUUCGCUUCUUGAUAUAUACAUAUAUCCCUCUGGAUAAAGGGAUUUGUCUUCAAGCUACCAUUUAGUAGUUACCAUGCAAUUUCAAGCAACAAAUUCUUUUAUUAAUCCAUAUGCAUCUUCUGAAAGGUUUAUAUGAAAUCUGACUUUUUUCAAUACAAUAUUCUGGAAAAUGUAAAAUAAUAAUAGGAGAGGGAGAGAAGAGAGAGCGUUACAUUUCAAGUUUCAGAUGCAAUGUUGGUGUUGCUUUCUUUUAGUAUGCAGCAGAAUGCCAUGUUGUGUCAAGACUCAGAAAUAUCAUUGCAAUUGUAUAGAGGUAUUUCUUUUUUCUUUUUUUUUUCUUCCUAUUUUUUCCCGGGUGACUGAUGAUAAAGUUGUAUCUAUUUGGAAUUAUAGUGGAAUUUUAUGGUUUAUAAGCACCACAUCUCGUGCCAA